AUGUCUGUCUCUUUUAACGGCUCGCAGGAAGGUUUUUUCUCUUGCAAGAAUGGGGUGCGUCAAGGUGACCCACUUUCGCCUUUGCUGUUUUGCUUGGCAGAGGAUGUCCUUAGCAGAGGGAUAACAAAGCUUGUGGAAAACAGACAGGUGAAGCCUAUUAAAGCUUCACGAAACUCUUAUGUUCCCUCUCAUGUUCUAUACAACGACGACAUUAUGCUCUUUUGCAAUGGGGACAAGGGGUCUAUUGAAGCUCUAACAUCGUUAUUCAGAAGAUAUGCGUGGACGUCUGGACAACAGGUGAGUCCAUCUAAAUCUAUCAUCUAUGCAGGGUCCAUCUCUAGUCAUCGUCACUCUCACAUUGCUGCUAGUCUUGGCUUCAACACGGGUCAGGUUCCUUUCACAUACUUAGGUGCUCCUAUUUUCCGGGGAAGACCUAAACCUAUUCAUUUUCACGACAUUGCGGAUAGAACUCGUAUCAAACUCUUGGCGUGGAAAGCUAGCUUACUUUCGGUAGCGGGAAGAUGGGCAAGGAACUUUAUUUGGAGUGGUAACAUUGACACUCGCAAGCUUGUUACAGUUGCUUGGGAUAAGUGUUGUAGGCCUUUUGAAGAGGGUGGGCUGGGGAUUAGAUCCUUAAUCACUUUAAAUGAGGCUGCUAAUUUGAAACUUUGCUGGGACAUGAAGGCCUCUUUAGAGGAUGUUAAAAAUCAUUCAAGCUGGCUUAUAGGAAAUGGUGGUAAAAUUCACUUCUGGACUGAUAGUUGGAAUGGAUCGGAUGUGGUUACUUCCUUAUUCUCUAAUGCCGGUACUCAGCCCCACCUCAAAGACAAAGCAGCGACUUACAUACAGAAUCGACAGUGGAGCCUCCCUAGGGAUAUCCAGGUCAUGUUUCCUAUGCUUGUUAAUCUCCUCUCUAAUAUCCAUCUGUCCGUUGUUGAAAAAGAGGAUUUUUUAGUCUGGACUCCGGCUACUGAUGGAAUUCUUACUUUGAAAUACAUUCGAGUUCCACUCUCGAAACUACAGCGCUAUGGAUUGGGGAAAGAUCAUUUGGAGUGCAAAUAUUCCAGCCUCGUAUUCUUUGCUCUUCUGGAGGCUGCUCCACAAUAA